GUAUUUUUAUAAGUGAAGCGACGUAUCAUCUAAUUAAAUGGCCAACGCAAACGUUACGAGCUAUUUAGCCGAACAGAAGAAAACCACCGAUAAAGAACUAGCGGCAGAAUGGACGGUGCUAGAGGAAUUAUACAACGAGAAACUUUGGAAUGAGCUGACCAUAAAAUUAGACACCUUCGUCAAACAUCCCGCACUACAGAACGAGGAAGCUUUGCUGGCGUUGUAUCACAACUUCAUCGCUUCGUUUGAGACUAAGAUUAAUCCUUAUGGACUUGUCGAAAUUCUUACCGUCGUCAUUUCGUAUCUGUCUGAUAAGAAGGAAGCAAUUGCAUUCCUGGAGAAGCUAAAGGAUAAGGUGAAAAUUUGUGACCAAGCGGUAUGGAUGUGCAAAGUACUGCAAGGCCAAAUUCAUCUCGAGCAUCUAAAUCAACUGGAUGAAACGAAGAAAAUUAUCGAAGAUCUGAAGGAUAUUCUCGAGGAAGCUGGUAAUGUUACUCCGGUGCACGGCAAAUACUAUAUGCUGGCGGCGAAUUACUAUCGUCUUGUUGGGCAGCAUAGCGACUACUACCGAUGUGGCCUUCAGUUCUUGGGCUGUUCCAUCGACACCUACCCCAAGGACCAGUGGCCGCAGCAAGCCUUCUGUUUAGGACUGGCUGCGCUACUAGGCGAGGGCAUCUACAACAUUGGAGAACUGCUAGCGCAUCCAAUCCUGGAAUCGCUUAAUGGCUCUGACAACGAAUGGUUAGUGGACCUGUUGCGUGCGUUCAACUCGGGCGAUAUCGUGAAAUUCGAACAGAUGAAACCGAAAUGGAGCUCGAUCGCCGAUCUGGCAGCUCAGGAGGUGAAAUUGCGCCAGAAGAUUUCGCUCCUCUGCCUCAUGGAGAUGACUUUCAAGCGACCCGCCAACAAGCGUACCAUCACGUUCGAUGAAAUCGCGAAGGAAGCUAAGCUGCCGGUGAAAGAGGUUGAAAUAUUGAUCAUGAAGGCGCUGGCACAGGGACUGGUGAAGGGCGCAAUUGACGAGGUGGCCGGAGUCGUAAACAUGACAUGGGUACAACCGCGUGUGCUCGAUCGCAAACAGGUCGCCGGCAUGGCCACCACGCUGGACACCUGGAUGGCCUCUAUCACAUCCAUGGAGCAGCUUAUCGAAAGCCGAGCGAGUGAAAUUCUCACCAACUGAACCGCUGGAAUGAAUCAGUGUGUGCGAUUGAUGUCGCGUUUAAUUUGUCCACAAUGAGGAAUACAAUUAAAUA